AAGACUCAGCCUACGUUGCUUCCCUUGCUCAAGUAAACUGAUUAAAGAAUCUUUAAACAUCUGAACAGGCAAAAACACCGACGAAGAACAUCACUACUUUGCAGUGCGAUAAGAAGGUACUGUAAAAUCGGUCUUUGUAAAAGUCUUUUUGAAAUAAUCUGUGGAUCAAAAUCAGUUCAUCUGAAAUUACGAAACGAUUCCAACCUCACGCUGCUAUAGUGAAGACACGACAAAAGACGACCGCUCGGAUUGCGAUAAUGACAUUUCUGACUGAAGAUCUCAUGAAUUGCUUUUACAUACGGAACGACUCGAGACUCGAAACGGACCCCGCAUUAUUUUCUGCAGCGGUCGGUCAGACCGAGCUCCUCUGCAUUAGGUGGCGGAAUGCGCCCGCGUCGCAGAAUGUGGCGUAUAAUAAAGAAGAGCUAUCUUCCCCAGCCUCGGAUCAAAGGUAGCGCUAGCGCCUUAGCAAACAAACCCAGGACGGUAUUUGGUCUCUAUGGUGCUUUUCAAAACACCGUUAACCGCUUAACGCUGGAUAGUCGAACGGAAAUCGGUGGAAUCGAGGCGCUCGUGCGCUCGCGUAACGCAAUAAGCGCGAGAUUUAGCAUCUGAGGUAAACGCGAGCUUCAAAGCUAACUGCUGCUGCCGCUGAUAACGGGCAGCCGACGGGGUAUUACCGCUUUUGUUGUCCGUCGGUUUCGUCGCUCUCUUGUCAAGAACGGCGGAUAGCGGCCGGGGGGACGGUAACGUGAACGGCGGCCGGUCUGAGCCGCUUUUCCUGCGAAAUGCGCGCGUGAGAUGUUAGCCGAGCACGUAACGUUAUAGUCUCAGAAACUUGCGUCUCUAUCGCUUCCCUACCGUCUUUCAGAAGUUUGACGGCGUAUCGCGUUUAAUGCCAGUUACGCAUUCAACGAGGAAAGGCGCUGGUGUUCCAAAGUUCAUCGGACAGCAUGGAAAUUGCACAUAAGAAGGCAUCUUAGCGCUCGAGACCUCGUCCAACGCCAACAUUAGGUAAGAUCGCACCUGUACGAGCCUGUUGAAGCCAAAGAGUGAAGAUCGGCGAGUGCCACAGUCAACACCAUGUCUGAGGACUCCAGCGUGGACAGAUUCAUAAAGGAGACAUCGAUCCUGGAAGAGUAUAACAUCAAUUGGACACAGAAGCUGGGAGCUGGGAUCAGUGGUCCUGUGAGGGUUUGUGUGAAGAAGUCAACACAAGAAAGAUUUGCCCUGAAGAUCUUGAUUGACAGACCCAAAGCCCGCAAUGAGGUUAGGCUUCACAUGAUGUGCGCCUCUCACCCCAACAUUGUGAAAAUAAUGGAGGUGUACGCCAACAGUGUUCAGUUUCCCCAUGAAUCCAGUCCGAGGGCAAGGUUACUGAUUGUCAUGGAAAUGAUGGAAGGUGGCGAGUUGUUCCACAGAAUCAGUCAGCACAAGCACUUUACAGAGAAGAUGGCCAGCCAGGUCACUAAACAGAUAAGCCUUGCAUUACAACACUGUCAUUCAUUAAAUAUUGCACAUCGAGACCUGAAACCAGAGAACCUGCUCUUCAAGGACAAUUCACUGGAUGCUCCUGUAAAACUGUGUGAUUUUGGCUUUGCCAAAAUUGACCAAGGUGAUUUAAUGACCCCACAGUUCACUCCGUACUAUGUAGCACCGCAGGUGCUGGAGGCACAGAGGCGCCACCAGAAAGAAAAGUCUGGAAUUAUACCUACCUCACCCACUCCUUACACAUACAACAAGAGCUGUGACCUGUGGUCCUUAGGGGUGAUCGUCUAUGUAAUGCUCUGCGGAUAUCCUCCGUUUUACUCCAAACACCACAGCCGUACCAUCCCAAAAGAUAUGCGCAAAAAAAUCAUGACUGGUAGCUUUGACUUCCCAGAGGAGGAGUGGAGUCAAAUAUCUGAAAUGGCCAAGGACAUUGUCCGCAAGUUACUUAAAGUGAAGCCCGAAGAGAGACUAACCAUAGAGGGAGUGUUGGCCCAUCCCUGGCUCAACUGCACUGAAGCGCUAGACAAUGUGCUUCCUUCUGCUCAAAUGAUGAUGGACAAGGCAGUUGUGGCUGGAAUUCAACAGGCUCAUGCUGAACAGCUGGCCAACAUGAGAAUACAGGACCUGAAUCUCAGUCUAAAGCCACUCAACUCGGUCAACAACCCCAUUUUGAGAAAGAGAAAGCUACUUGGCACCAAACCUAACGAUGAACUUUUCAUCAACGAUCCUGAGAAUGAGGCGGAGGACACCAACGUGGCUCUGGAAAAAUUACGAGACGUAGUCGCACAGUGCAUCUUACCACAGGCUGGUGACAAUGAGGAUGAGAAGCUAAAUGAAGUUAUGCAUGAAGCAUGGCGAUUCAAUCGAGAUUGUAAACUACUAAGAGAUGGAUUGCAAGGGUUAAGUUGGGAUGGAAGAUCCUUUUCAGACAAAGUAGACCGCUUGAAGCUGGCUGAAAUCGUCAAACAGGCCAUCGAAGAAAAGACAAAUUUACAGGACUCCCAAUAGCAAGUGCUGAUUUUAAUCCCUUUUGUACUGUUAAUUAUAAUUGUCAUUAGGCAUAUGAUUGCAAAACAUGUUUUUGUAUUAAAUUGCAGACCUGUUUCCACGGUCAUGCUGUAGUCUGUUGUAAAUCUCUAGCCGAAACCAAGUUGUUGUUGGUAUGAUUUGUUUUCACUACAGACUGCAGUAAAGAAAUGUGUUUUAAAGAAAUUGCACUCUUUUCAUUUCUGCUUUUCAUAAUGAAAAAUAGGGGGAAACUAUCUAUAUUAGAUAACAUUUUAUAAUUCACCAGCUCAGUUAAAUUAACUGAAUCAAAACAUGUUGUCACUAAUUGAAAAGAAGAUAAUGUAAUACAAUUGUAGUACACUAUGAAAUAUUGCAUUCCAAUUUAAAGAUGGAGAAGUUAAUUUGAGAGCUCAUUCGUCAUAAAAUGUUUAUCUUUUGACUAUUAGCUGGCACUGUUAGCAAACUUAUGUUGUAUUAUCAGGGGAUGCUUACAGUGGCACAUACGACAUCUGUCGGGUCAGUGAAGAUCCGAUGAAUGCUGCAGGAAUAAAAAUAAAUUUUGUCAUUCUGAAGAUUC